UCUCAGAACCUGGCGCUGAUAGUGCUGGGCAUCGGGGCGCUCUUCUCCCUCUUCUUCCACCUGGGAAUCAAAGAGAAGAGCUCUGGAGCAGCAGGCGAGGCGGGAGGAGAGGAGGGGAGGAAGAGUGUAGAGGAGGAAGAGGAGGAAGAGGAGGAGGGGGAGCGCAGACCCCUGCUCCCUGCUCCCCCCUCGUCCCUGCUGCAGUGGAAGUGUUGGCUGCAGCAGCCUUCUUUUUACCAGGUGGCCUUACUCUACAUGUCUACCAGGUUAAUAGUCAAUCUGUCUCAGACAUACAUCUCCAUGUAUCUCAUCAACACUCUGGGGCUGCCCAAGAAGUUCAUCGCCACCAUCCCGUUAGUGAUGUUCAUGAGUGGCUUCCUGUCCUCCUUCAUCAUGAAGCCUGUCAGUAAACUCAUUGGAAAAUCUCUCACCUACUUCCUGGGCCUGCUGCUGAUCAUGGCCUUCUCCUAUUGGGUGCUGCUGGAGGGCCAGAUGGGUCAGCAGGUGUACGGGGCCGCGGUGCUGCUGGGGGCGGGGUCCGCCACCAUCCUGGUCAUAUCACUGUCCAUGACCGCGGAGCUCAUUGGAGGACAGACGGUAAUGUGUGUGUGUGUGUGUGUGUGUGUGUGUGUGUGUGUGUGUGUGUGUG